CGCCGGGAGCUGUAGUCUCCUCCGCCCCGGCGCCGUUGCCCGGGGCAACGGUCCCCUAUGGCUUGAGUGCCCCGCUGAAAUCUGCGGCGGCCUCCGCGGUUGGACGUCGUGGGAAGAGGUUGGAAAGUCUGAUUUGGCGGCGGGGCCGAGGGCUACCUGGAGAAGAGGAUGAGCUGGGAGGGCUACUCACAGGCGCUGCACAUUAGCCUGCAGGGUCUCAGUGGACUUGUUCCACCUCCUCAGACCCACCGAGAUCCCAAUGGUUCAGGCCACUUUCUUGGGGAUGCCAGCCACCCUUAACUCCUCCAAGUUUGAAGCCCCUGCCAACUCUCACUUUGGUGUGAUACUUCACAGUGGGAUGUCUCACUAUGGGCCUACGGAUCUGGACGCAGGGCAUGGGGUGAUGUAGAGAGCUUUGGCUUGCUGGGCCUUGCGUCUGCGGAUCUUCCAUGCAGGCUGGUGAAACCACAUGGGCACACGCUGCUGCCAGUCCUGUGGAAGUGGGGCUUCGGGAUCACACCAUUUCAGCUGGGCACCAUGGCUGCUGCCUAAAGGCCUCCUCCGAGGGAGAACGGCCACCAAAAAGAGUCAUGGUGGUUUUGAUUUUCAUUUUCCUAAUGGCUAGUAACGCCGAACAUCUUUUCAUGGGCUUGUUAGCCCUGGCUUUCUUUGUGGAAAUGUCUGUUCAUGUCCUUGAUUUAUUUUUAGUUGUGUGUAUUUUAAAUAUAUCUAUUUUAGUUGUAACAGAUACAUGACAUAAAAUUUACCAUUUUAACCAUUUUUCCAUUGGUUUACUUUUAAACCUAGGGAAAAUUUUAGAAGAACCAGAUGCCAGAAAACCUGGCCUGGUGGUGGGGUCUCCUCACUGACCCACAGAAUGCCCUGGUCUGAGUCAUCUCCUGAGCCUCAGCUACAAAAAUAUUUGUUGUUCCAGAUCAGUAUGGAGACAAGGCACGGUUCUGCAUCUUGUCUUUCCUGCCUUACAUAUUAUUAUACUGGAGACAUUAUUAUGCACACAGAUCUCCCUCAUUCCUUUUAAUGGCUGCGUAAUAUUCCAUCAUCUGAAUGCUGUCUCUUGGACUUUACCAGCUCUCUGGGGAUGAGUUCGGGUUUUUGAUAAGUACAAACAACACUGCUGUGACAUUCCUUGAACAUACAUCUCUGUGCACGUUUGAGAGUAUAAUUGUAGGUAAAUUCCCAGACGUGAAAUUGCCAGGUCCCAGGGUCCAUGCAACUCACAUCUUCAUUGCUGUUGCCAAGUUUCUCACUAAAAGGCUGCAGCAAGUACAUUUCCACCCAUGCCAUAUUUCUCCAUCUUUUUACAUCUUUAAAAUCUUUUGAAAGUUUUAUAAGUCUUGCAGUGGGUUGUUUCUGUUCUUUCAGGAAACUCUGAGAAUGUGAUGAAAGCUCUGGCCCUUUUCCCCGGAAAGAUGUACACCAGGAUGCGCACUCCACCUGUGGCUGACGUUUGGUGGGGGGACGGGGUGUGGUGCUGUGUCUGUCCAGGGCCUACCCCUCCUUCCAGGGCAGUGGUUCUCACACUUUUAAGUGAAAUCAGAUUUUUAGGGGACUUCAAUAAACACACAGGUUGUGUUUCAACAGCUCUUUGUGAGAGAGCCGAGGGCACAUUGAUAAAAGAAGAGCCCCAACUUGAGGAUGGCUUCAACAAGAAAAACCAACCGUCCCAUGCGCGAUAUCUUUGGUGAUUUCAGUGAUAUUUCCUUAGAAGAUUCAAAGAUGGAAGAAAUCGGAAACUUGAAAAUCAAUAGGAAUCUCACCAAAAGAGCUCCCAGUCAUAGCAGAUUUCUAAAAAGAAGCCAAACUAUGGGUGAAAAACACUUAUUUCCAAAAGAAGAUGCUGGCUUGGGGGGUGGGUCCUGUCUAUCCUCAGGUAGACCCCCGACUACCGCCUCAAAGCUCAGGACCAGUGCUGUGCUCAGGAAGCUGGCCCAGAUCGAAUCCAAGAUCGUGAAUCGGAAGGUGCAGAGGGACUUGUCUGACGUGGAAUCUGACCCGAAGACCUCAGAAGACAGUCUUCCCAGGAGAGCAGACAAAAUUCCUCCCAGGAGCACGGUUAAACUUUCUUCACAGAAUACAGACAAAACCUCCCACGAGCAGGCUCGUGAAAUUCCUGUCGCUGAGAGCGAUACACCAAGCGGGAAGGUCAGUAGGUUUCUGAAGAAGAGAGAACCACCCAUUGAAAAGCUGUCCCCUGAAGCCCAUUUUGGGAAAGAGAAGAAUUUUCCAACCCCCCAAAAGAAAGAACCUACUAGAAAAUUCGAUUCUCCAGACAGUGAUGAAGAGGAAAUGAAAGAGUUGCUGGGAAGCUUGAUGAAAUCUUCUAGAGAAAAAGAAAUAUGCACAGAUCAGGGUUUCAUGAGCACCAGAGUCAGUGAGAAAGAACAAAUAGAACUAUUCUUGGAUCAGAUCCCAACUCAACCGAAACUCCUUUUGCUACCUAGUGAGGAACUUUCCAGCCUAAAGCCACUUGGGACAUCACCUCGGCCAACCUCCCCGUCGGCAGACAGGACCCUUCACAGCGUGCGCUCAAGAGCUCCCUUCCCACAGACUUACACUCCAGGGGACCCAGCCUCUUGCACGGUGUCACUUUCCAUCACCAGCAAUGUGUCAAAGUCAGCAUCCUCGAUGAUGGCGCACAGCAGGCUCUCGUCCUCUCCCGGAAGGAAUGAAGCUGGGACUGGGGAGGAGUUGCUCUCAGAAGCCUCCAGUGACAGCCUAAAUGAUUUUAGAAUAAAUAUUUUAUCCCUUGAUGAUCUGGCUCCAGCUGUCAGUGAGAAGUUGGACUUGGAACAGAAAAAAGAAGGUCAGAGGGAAAAGACACACAGCAAAAGCCCCUGGGCCAGGGGCCCCCCGAAGGGAAGCGAGGUCUCAGAGCACCUGAGUGAGUCGUUGGCUUCCUCUGCUGGGUCCCAGUACGCUUCCAGCCUGAGGCCAGCGUCUAAGGAAACCACGGCCAGCACAGUGAGUUCGGCUUACUCAGAAGAUUUCAACAUAUCCCCAAGUCUGACAGCAUCUGAGCCAAUGGCCCAUACUGAGGAGUCUCCAGAUAGGACGCUGGCCACUUUGUCUGAACUCUCUGAAAGCCUGAAGACAGAUCGUCCCCUGCCAACACGCGUGUCUCGAAAAAAGCGGGCCAGGGAUGUUCCAAGAGUCGUGAAGGAGACGGCUGUGCAGACCCUCGACCCCGCCUUCGCCUACCAGUGGAUGAAGGCGGCUGGCGUGGCGGCCAUUGGGCCAGCCCUGGGAAGUGCCUAUGUGGACCCUGAGCCCAUCGCCAGUCACGUCGUCAGUGCAGAUGCAAUAGAAGCCCUGACAGCUUACAGCCCGGCAGUGUUGGCGCUCAAUGACAUGCUAAAGCAGCAGCUGAGCCUGACGCAGCAGUUCAUCGAGGCCAGCCGGCACCUGCACAGGUCCCUCCUACAGUCCCUGGACCAUGACACCUUCCACUACCACACCCUGGAGGAAGCCAAAGAGUACAUCAAGCACCACAGGCCUGCCCCGCUGACCAUGGAGGAUGCUCUGGAGGAGGUGAAGAAGGAGCUGUGAACGCCAGCAAAGCCUCAGAGGGUCCAGCACUACCAGCGGAUCAUUGGACAGUUAAGACAGAUAUCUUACGGCGGGGUGGGGCUCCUGGACCGCGACCGACGUCUCCUCCCUGGGGAGUACGACUUGGACCUGGAGCGGGAGC